CCGCAGGCAAUGCAUCGCAUCUUUGGCAAGAAGAAACCCGAGGCUCCGCAAGUAAACAUCACGGAUGUCCAUGGACGCGUCGAAGGGCGCGUAGACAACCUCGACAUGAAGAUUGCAAGGCUCGAGGAAGAACUCCAAAAGUACAAACAACAGAUGGCCAAGGCAAAAGGGGUGGCACUGACCUCCAUCAAACAACGCGCUCUGCAAACCUUGAAGCGGAAAAAGAUGUAUGAACAACAGCGUGACUCGAUGGCCGCGCAAUCGUUCAACAUCGAACAAGCGUCGUUUGCUAUCGAGACCGCCAAAGAUUCGUUGGAUACUGUGUCCGCGAUGAAAGCGGCGGCGACACAACUGAAAGCCGAAACGAAGAAAUUCAACUUCACCGAGCUCGAGAACGUUCAAGACGACAUGGCUGAUAUGAUGGAGGACAUGAAUGAGAUCCAAGAAAUCCUCGGACGGUCAUACGGCAUUGGCCAAGACAUCGACGAGUCGCAAUUAGAAGCGGAACUAGAAGGGCUGGAAGACGAAUGGGCGUUGGAGGAGGCUGCGGCGCCGCAGCACGCCGCGCCGUCGUAUCUAGCAACGGAUUUGCCUGCAGCCCCGUCUGGCCAUAAGGAUAAACCCACCCCGGCCGUAGCAGCAGGAGUCGACGAGUAUGGACUGCCCCUUGCACCCGUUGCUCUCGGUAGAUAACCUAGCAAGUGCUGAGCACAUAUGUACUGCCCGUGAGCUCCAGCAUACAUAUCAAAUUAAUCAACAAUUAAAGCAGGGACGCCACAUGUUUUGCAUUGGAA